UACAGGCAGGAGGAGGAGUAGGCAGACAGGAAAAGGAAGUGAUGAAAGAGUGAGUGAAAAGCAGAGGAGAAGAGAAGCUUUGUGUGAGUCCGUGUGACAAAGACCAAAGCUAAGGAUACACAAGCCAGUGAGACUGUUUUUUGCACCAAGUGUGGGUAACAAUGAGUGUGGAAACAUCUGGCACUUCGGCAGAAUCUGAAGCCAGAGAGAGUAGCAGAAAGAGGAAGAGUUCAAAACCUAAAAAAGCAACUGGAGGAAUAAGGCGACCUCUCCAAAAAAUAGAUGACUCCAACAAAGAGGUCUUGGCUAAUAGCAGGGAGCUGCAGGAAGAUUCCUCGAAAAAAGCAGGAAAUCAAGAUGCUUCUCCACAAAAAAAUCAGCAGCAUCAAAACAGAGCGAGAGGAAGGCCAAAGGGCAGCACCAAUAAAUACCCAUCCUGGGUGGCUUUACUGGCUGCAGCUCAGCCCGACAGAGAGAACGAACAAAAACGCCCAAGAGGUAGACCCAAAGGAAGCCUCAACAAGAAUCCAUCAAGGUCUGCUCUGAAAGCACUGCAGCAAGAAGCAUCUGGGGAGGAGAAGAGGGGACGAGGGAGGCCAAAAAAAAUCGUAGACCCCAAUUGUAUAGUCACUCCGAAAAAAGGAAGAGGGAGACCAAAAGGAAGUUUAAACAAAAUUCAGUCAAUCAAAAAGAAAAUAGAGCGCACUGGGAUACGUAAGAGAGGGCGUCCCAGUCUGUCUAAACGACCAAGAGGACGACCAAAGUUGUCAGCGAUAUCAGGAGAUCAGACUACUAGUGAGGCCAGACUCGAUGAAAGUUCUGCUGACCUAAACCAGUCGAAAUCGGGGGAGGCUGUCAAAAAGGGGAGGGGGAGACCAAAGAAAUUGUCUCCCGAAGACUUUGAACCGGUUUUAAAAAAAGCAAAGCACAGCGGCAUUGGCCGUAAAAGCUCACAACAGAUGAAAAGUUCAGACCAGAAUGAUGAUGAAGAUGUGGAAGACGAUAUAAAUUAAAAUGACUUAUUCUGCGUUAUUCUUCUCAUAGUUUCCUGAACCAGUUUACCAAUACGUUUUAAACAAAAAGAAAAAUCCGUACUGCUUUCGCAACACCAAAAAAGAACGGAAAAAUUGAAAGAGUAAUGCGAUUACAUCAAAAACAUAAAUUUUUCAAAUGUAAUUGAUGUUUUUACCGCUUUUUCAUUCACAAUAGGUAGAUGACAUAUUUCUGGUUCAUAAUGCUUUAUCGUAUGUUUUAUUUUUUGUUGUAAAAAAAAAAAAAAAGUUUUAUGAUCUAUACAAAUGUGAACUAUUGGGUGUAUUGUAUUUUUUUUUUAUCAUAUGUGAACAAAAAUAAAAAUGUUUUCGAUAUAAAUAAGCACUGAUGAUAUGGAAAAACAAGAUACCAAUAAAGGGUGAUCAGUGAUACAUAA